UCAGUUUUCCCGUAACUCUAUUGUAGGUUAGAUGGAAAUUUUAUUGUGGUUUAGUGUAGGACCAGGCAGGAAGAAAAGUUUCAUGUUUUAGCUUAUUUUUAUUGCUUCAAUUUUUAUGGUAGUAAAAUUACACUGUUCCUAUAAUAGUAGAUAGUAACAAACUGGCAAAAGAUUCUAAAUUAUAAUAUCCAUUGGAAAGAGGACCCAAAUGCAGUGUAGGACAUAACGUGACAGAAGCGAGAAUUGCAAAAAAAAGUGCUGAGGUGUGAUGAAAACGAUGUGAAAAGUUCAAUGUUAUGAGCCUUGAGUGGAUUACAUAAAUUUAUUUUUUUCUUUGUGGCGACGAAGCAAGCAGCGGAAGAAGAUAAAGUGUAACAGGAAAGCUCGAGUGGAAUGUAUUCUGUGGUAUUGUUCACUAUGCACUAGUAAAUUGAUACCUCGACAUAAUUGGAGAAUAUACAAAGCAACGCCAGCGAAAAGAUAGUUGAGUCUAUUAAUAAAUCCAAGUGGCAUUCGUCUCCAAUCAAUCCUGUAGCAGUAGUGAACUAAACGGAUCGAACUAACUAUCAAUCAACACCGCACUCCAUGGAUAUUGCAGCUUUUGCAUCUACCAUGGCCGCCAAGACUGCUGCCAGGGAUCGAGUUAGCCAACCGAAUGAUCUGACCAGUGGAGAAACAUCCGGUUCCUUAAAUGCGGCCACUUCGGAUGCUAGAGCGAAUAAGUUGAAAUCGUUCAUGGGUAAAACGCCUAGCGCCAUAAAAUCGAAGUUUUUGUCAGUGCUCGGUAAUAGUACGGAGAUUAUCAAUGGCAUAUCGAACAAGAUUGAUGCCGCGCUGAGUCUAUCGUCCUCCGAAGAUACCGAGACGACGGAAAAUCGAAACCAAGCGAAGGUAGACAGAAUGCUGCGACAGAAAUACGAGGCAUCGCUUUGGAAGCACCCAGAUCAUCACACCGUGAGCCAUGAGGUUGAUUUCGAACUUCGGCGGGCAAAGGAGCGACGGGCGCACGAGGAAGUGCUUUCAGGGCGAUACAGAAAUCCUGCAUUUAGUCAUCCAGUAUCCAACGGAGCGAGUAGUGUUCAGCCGGUUCCAAUCGCUGACCGACAUCCUACAAACAGUAUUAGCACUGAGUUUAGCCAUAGUAACUAUAGCAAUAAUUCCUGUUCCAUUGACUCGAAAUCCCCUCAACCGACUCCAGAUGGAGAAAGUGACCUUGCAGUGGAAGUGGCCUCACAAUCCGUGCCAGUAGUGGAAGCCGUUCCGUCCGGCAAAGACCACGUUAGAGAAAAUAAAAUUGGUCAAUGUAUUCCCAGCAGUGCCUCAACUAGUGACAAUGAGUCCUGCGUGCUUAGUGCCACCCUGGAAUCGUCCGAGCUGAAGAUGUGGAUUCGUUCGGAAUCGGAGAACUCAGUACCGUCAUGGGCUUCGUCUAUUAGCUUGGAUAGCCAGUCGGAGGAAGCGAUUCUAGAUUUCAUGAAGCGAUUUGUUAAAAUACUCUUCCGCGAGAGCGCCUCAAUCACCUUGGAACUGAAAUCGGAGUUCGGUCAGUAUGCGCGGAUGGAAACUGGCCGCCUGUGGUUUUCCCGCUUAGUCAACGCACAAAGAGCGAAAUCCAAACGAGUGGACGAAUCGACAUUUUACUCCCUCGUCCAGUAUUUUGCCAUUGUUUUAUUCGAGUGUGCAGAAAGCGAAGAUUUCUCUCCAGCAAAAACUCUUAUGAACAUGUGCUUUACUUUCUACCAUGACAUUGGUGUUCCCGGCUGUGAACCGUAUCGAGAGUACUUGUACACCUAUUUGAGAGAUCAACCGAUUUGGCAUUCGCUUCGCUUCUGGAAUGCGGCUUUCUUCGAUGCUCUACAAACCGAGCGAAAGCACCGGCCAGUUCCGCCAACGAAGUCGACAAAUCAGCAAGGCAAAUCAGAUGACGCGACCAGUGGUCAUAUACUUGCAGUACCCGAGAACGAAAGGUCUUCUUCGACGAGUGCCUGUGAUCGGACUGAUCCGUUCGAACUACAAGAAGACAAACAGUACCAUCAAAAUCUCAGUUUUGGGCAGUUGGGAAGUUUUACGUGCAACAUGCAUGCCUUUGGCCUUGGUCGAGAUCUAUGCUAUGAAUUUCUUAUCAAGCAGUGCGUAAUUGCAAACUUAAAUGUUGAACAACAAAAGCUACUCAAGGAUAAUGUUGACCGAAUGUAUCGCGAGACUGACCCGUGGCGAGAGAACUAGGUUAUGUCCAAUUGGCUAUUCUGCGCGUUCUGUUAGACAAAAUUUUAGCUCCUACGAUGUACAAGUACUCGUUGCUUACCGGGCUACAUUCUUUUUAGGUUUCUAUAGAAUGCAAAACAUCUUGUAACAUAAGUUUAAGGCUCUGAAUAUUUAAUGAAUAAUGCUUUAAGAAUAUUAGAGAGGAUGGAUACCAAGUAAUUGUGAUAUAUUUUUGUGAUGUUUAGCUGAAAAAUGUCUCUUGAUGAGCACUGAGUUGUUGAUUUAUGAAACAGAUGAGCAAAACUAACAAAGAUAGAAUCGGGUUUCUUAGCAACUGUUACGGCCACAAUAGUCGAGCAAUCUAGUGAAAAUAAUUAAACGUAAAACCAUAAGUAUUUUCUACACAUUCCUGUUUAGAUAUUAGAAAGUAAAAUCAUGCAAAUUUGAGGCAAUAUUGAGCCAUUCUUAGAGAAGGCUAAUUGGUUGUUUUGAUAGGACAGACGAGAAGGAAUGGCAUGAAGUGACAAUAAAACAUAUGUGAGGUUCGUUAAGUUUGCAAUAACACAAUGCCGAAUAUAACAAACUGUGGUGGAAUCAAAUUUCCAAAAAUGUUUUAACGCUUUUCGAACAUUAGCUAGAGUUUCGAUAUGUCGAAUAGCUACAGUGACAGUACGAUGAAAGUAUGGGGAUAGAGGUAAGGACUAGGAGAUAUAGGAAAUUAAAGGAUCAAGUUGGGUGAUACUAGAUUAUCUUGUAACAUCAAAACAUCACAAAAAGUUGUGCAUUUUACACAUUUGUUAUCAAAUCCAGAUAGAAUUUCUGGAAUAAAUCAGAGAAAUAUAAAAUUUGAACUUGACCAAAAUUUUCACAAUUAAA